AUGUUACUGCAGCGCGUGCGGGAGCUAGAAUCCCGGAACGCGCUGCUUGUACAGACUGUAUAUGAGCUUCAAGGCGAGCUGAGAGGUUCCAGGAGCGCUUAUGAUGCAUUGCUCAAGCGCCUGGAUGGAUACGCGGGCGAUUCAAGCUCCGCAUCACUUCCUCGUACUGCGCCGCCAUCUACUCCUGCCGAAGCCGCGCUCCUAGCCGUCCGGAACCCGCCAAGAAUUGUCACGCUGAAUCGCAAUGAGUAUUUGCGCGUUCAGUUCUGGUUCCCCGGCGACUUCCUCCGCUGGGUGCGUGCGAAGCUCGAUGUAUCGGCCCUGGGGACGACGGCGGAGAUCCGCCUGCAGUACAGAUUCCUGGAGGAUGCGGAUGGUCAGUGCAUCCAAGAGAAGAGGCGGCUCAUGCUCGAAGUAUUGUAUUCGACGUGGCGCACCUUGCUGCAUGCCCCCGGCUUACUCCCGGAGACGUGGGGUAGGGCCAGCCUCGAGGUGAAGAUGUUCGUGUGGGCAACAAUGGAGGAGGCCUUUGUUGAACUGUGCUUCUGUGACGGACACUGGAAGGUCCAGAAGCUUUGUACGUUGAACUACCCAUGGUGGUAUGCAAAGAACGUGAGACGGACUCUCGAGGGCGGUGAUGGCGAUGGCGGUGACAGUGAUGACAACAAGCCUGAGAAGGGACCCGGAGGGAGAGGUCGAAGGUGCAAGAUCGCGGGCAAGCGCAGUGCUAGCGUGGUGGAUGCGACCCCCGCCUCGGCGGCCCCAAUCAAGAAGCCUAGGACCAAGGUGCGUGAAGAAUAA